UCAGUUACUAAUUACCUUCUCAAAGUGGUUUCCCUUGGUUACCAACACCCGCUAGGACGAAGUUUUUGCAAACUUUAUUUCCCAAAGUUUAUAUUCCUCGUCGUUUUUUAUAGAGGUGUGUCCUGUAAAUGUUAACGUAGCGUCAUGCCGGCUGGUCCUGGGCAGAUUAUAUGGGAUGUUGCUAUUGAACUGGCAGACCAGAAGACAGUUGGUCCCCAGGUGGAGAAAGAGUCAACCAUUCUCAUCACCGGAGCAAAAGAAUGUGGGAAGUCGUCCAUAUUGCCAAUGUAUCUAAAUCAAGAAGAGUUGCCGAAACCCACUGUGGCUCUUGACUAUGCGUUUGCCCAUGUUGGAGCAACAAAUAAAAUGGUGAAAGACAUUGGUCACUACUGGGAAUUAGGCGGUGGAAUCUGGUUGGUUCAACUGAUGGAGGUGGUUAUUAAACCAGAGACUAUACAAUCACUGACGUUAGUUAUAAUGGUUGAUCUUUCUAAGCCAACCGAAAUUUGGGUGACCAUAAAAUCUUUGCUGGCUGCUGCAAAAGAACGUAUUCAGGCUGUCGUUUCUCAGAUGAAGGCCGACAAAGCUGACAUUCUGGAACAACUCAAGAAAAAGGCUCGAGACAGAUUUGGCAAAGACCAUAAGGACCGCGAUAUAGUGGAGCCUUUCCUGAUCCCCUUGGUAAUUAUAGGAGGCAAAUAUGACAUUUUCCAGAACUCUGACCCAGAGCACAGGAAAAUCAUUUGCAAAACUCUGAGGUUUUUGGCGCACUACCACGGUGCUACCCUGCAGUUCUUCACUAUCAGGGACAAAUCCCUUGGCAAACGAAUUGAAUACUUAAAGAAUCACCAUUUAUUUGGCAACCAUUACCCGAAGCUACAUGAGGUGGAUCACAAUAAACCUUUAUCAGUUUAUGUGGGACAUGAUUCCUUACAGUCAAUUGGCCAUUUGACACCCGGUGGACAAGAUUCCAGAGAAAUGCAGAACAAAAGCCUUGUUGAAAAUUUCGAAUUUGUCUUCACCAAAUAUUUCCCACAAGAGAAAUCUGCAGACCCCCAAACUGCUGCUGAUCCCUCACAAGAACCCCAGUUUAAGGAACAUGAUAUUGACAUACUGAAGAGGCAAAAAGAUCAGGAAUUGGAGCAGCGCCGUCAGAGGCCUUUUAACACCAGAGAACAAACUGUGGAGAAAAUCUACAUAGAUGAUUUUUAAGAUUUUUUUCCCCCUAAAACACCAAAAUUUGUUGGUAUUU